GACAUAUAAGGAUAUAAGUCUUAUGUGUAUGUAACAUCCCCACAAAUUAUUACUGAGGAUGAAGGGAAAAUCCUGCACCCCCCUACUGCUGCUGAUCAUUCAAGGUACUUUUUUACAGUUCUGUGUGCCGUAUAAUAUUGGUCUUCCUGGGGUGAAAAUAUUUUCUGGUCCACAGAAUGAACAGUUUGGAUAUGCUGUCCAACAAUUCCAUAACCAAGAUGGAAACUGGUUACUUGUCAGCUCCCCUUGGAGUGGGUAUCCAAAGAAUAGGAUGGGAGAUGUUUACAAAUGUCAUCUUAAUCCACAAGGAUCCACAUGUGAUAAAAUGAAUCUUGCACGUGCGACAAUUAUUUCAAAUGUUACUGAGAUAAAAGACGAAAUGAACCUUGGCUUAACCCUGAUUAGGAACAAAAACACAGAUGGAUUUUUGACUUGUGGGCCUUUAUGGGCACAGCAAUGCGGAAACAAUUACUAUUCAACUGGAGUAUGUUCUGACGUAAGCUCAAAUUUUCAAGUAGUAAGAAGUUUUUCCCCGGCUCUCCAAACUUGCUCUUCUGUUAUUGAUAUCGCUAUUGUGUGCGAUGGGUCAAAUAGUAUUUAUCCUUGGUCGGCUGUCCGGAGAUUUCUGGAAAAGUUUGUACAGGGGUUAGAUAUCGGACCAACAAAGACUCAGGUGAGCCUUAUUCAAUAUGCCAAUUAUCCCAGUGUGAUGUUUAGAAUGAAUGCUUACAAAACUAAAGAUGACAUGGCAAGUGCGAUAUCUGCCAUUAAUCAGAUGGGUGGAGAUCAGACAAAUACUUUCAAAGCUAUUGACUUUACAAGACAGAAUGCUUUCUCUGAAGCAUAUGGUGGGCGUUCAAAUGCAAAUAAGGUGAUGGUCGUCAUAACAGAUGGGGAAUCGCAUGACAACGCAAUAUUAUCGCAGGUCAUCGAAAGAUGUGAAAAGGAGAAGAUCAGCAGGUUUGGCAUAGCGGUUUUGGGAUACUAUAACAGAGAAAAUAUUGACAGUAAGAAUCUGAUUCAUGAAAUCAAAUCAAUUGCAAGCAAUCCCAAGGAGAAGUUCUUUUUCAAUGUGUCGGAUGAAGUUGCGUUGUUGGAAAAAGCAGGAACUCUUGGCGAACGGAUUUUUAGCAUUGAAGGUACCACCCAAGGAGGUGAGACGUUCCAAAUGGAAAUGUCUCAAGUUGGUUUCAGUGCACAGUAUACAGAAAAUAAGGGCUCACUGAUGUUGGGUGCUGUUGGGGCGUAUGACUGGAGCGGUACUGUUGUCCAUCAAAACUCAAAGCAGUUCUCUAUAUUUCCAUAUGAUGCAUUUGAAAAAGUUCUUCAUGACAAGAACCAAAGUUCUUAUUUAGGUUAUUCUGUGGCCGUUCUUAAUAACCAAGGCUCUGUCCAUUUCGUUGCUGGAGCACCCAGAACAAAUUAUACUGGUCAAGUUGUGGUUUAUACCAUUAAUAACCAGGGAAAUAUUACUAUUAUCCAGACACAAAGAGGGGAACAGAUAGGCUCUUACUUCGGCAGUGUUUUGUGCUCUGUGGACGUCGAUAGGGACUCUUUUACAGAUGUUCUCCUGGUGGGAGCUCCCAUGUUCAUGAAGAACAAGAAAGAAGAAGGACAGGUCUAUAUGUUUUCAGUGACCAAGGGAAUAUUAGAGAGACGUGAACAACUGGAAGGUCCCAACACUUUGGAUAACACCAGAUUUGGAGCUGCCAUUGCUGAACUUUCAGAUAUUGACUUGGAUGGUUUUAAUGAUGUCAUCGUGGGAGCACCAUUAGAAAAUCAGAACUUUGGAGCAAUUUACAUUUAUAACGGCAAAGAAAACACAAUACGCACUAAAUAUUCUCAGAAAAUCUUGGGGUCUUCAUUCAGCCAGCCGCUCCAAUAUUUUGGUAGGGCAUUCGAUGGUCAUCGAGAUUUGAAUGGUGAUUCUAUCACAGACUUAUCAGUUGGUGCUUUAGGAAAAGUUGUUCAGUUAUGGUCACAGGGUAUAGCAGAUGUGUCUGUGAAAGCUUCAUUUACACCAGAACAAAUCGUUCUCACAAACAAAAAUUGUGAGGUAUCGGUAAAAAUAUGUUUCAGCGCUCUGUUCAGACCUGCUAACUCCCCAAAUAAAAUAGCUAUCAUCUAUAAUGCUACAUUAGAUGCCGAUCUACUGUCAUCAAGAGUGACUUCCAGGGGGCAAUUUAAAGAAACUGGUGAUCGGUUCAUACAGAGAAAUAUUGACAUCAGCUCAGGGGAAAAGUGUUUCGAACACAUUUUUAAUGUUCAGGAGACAUCAGACUCGGAUAAUGCCCUCGCUCUGCGUGUUAAUAUUGCAGCUCAGAAGCCUGGAACAAGCCCCAUUCUAAAUCCUUAUUCAUCUGGCUCAAGUGAAUGGUUUAUACCCUUUCUGAAGGACUGCGGGGAAGAUGAAGUCUGCAUUUCUGAUCUUUCUCUACAAAUUGUACAGAAACCACGUGACAUCACCCUGCCCUUUAUCGUCAGCAAUAAAAACAAGCAGUUAUUAUUUCAAGUCACACUAAGCAACACAAAAGAAAAUGCAUACAACACAAAGCUGCACGCCGUCUUCUCUGAAAAUCUGUUCUUUGCAUCUUCGACAUCUCCAAACGAUGGAACUGAAGUUCUAUGUCAAGUCGGCAAUGCACAGAGCUCAGUCAACUGUCUGGUCGGUUUUCCUUUUUUGGGAGAAAAACAAACGGUCACAUUUGAUAUUGGAUUUGACUUCAACCUCAAAUAUCUUCAAGACAAAGCAUUUAUAAACUUCAAAGUUUCGAGUGAAAGUAAGGAAGAAAACGAAAACAACAAUGCGUUCAACGUAUCUAUCCCAGUACAGUACGAUACAGAGAUUCAUUUUACAAGGACCACCAGCAUAAACUUUUACGAGGUUUUCCCUGAUUCGAAUGUUGCAUCAGUGGUAAACAAUUUUGAUGAAAUUGGUCCAGAAUUCAACUUUUCAUUGAAGAUUAGUACUGGAACCAUCCCAGUUAAUGGAGCAUUUAUGACCGUCAAUAUACCACAGUUCACUAAAGAAAACAACCCACUAAUGUACAUUACUGGAGUUCAAACAGAUCAGGUUACAUGCAAUGCAAAUAUAAACCCACUUGAAAUAGGAAAAAGGCCACAUUCAAGUUCUUUUAAAGCGGAGACCUUUACAAAUACACAAGAAUUGAAUUGUGAUAAUGCCAAAUGCACAUCAUUUAAAUGCUCAUUUAAAGAUCUACCAGUCAGAGAAGACUAUUUUGUCAACGUGUCUACCAGGAUCUGGAAUGGUACUUUUGCAGCUUCAUCUUUCCAGUCGUUAGAGCUGGUAGCAAAUGCGAAACUUGAAACCCUGAACUCUGAGAUAUUUGUUAUCAACAAUAAUAAUCAAAAGAUUCCACUGACAAUCAUAAAGCCAGGAGAGAAGACGGAAGUGCCAAUUGGAGUUGUGAUUGGAAGCGUUAUUGCCGGGCUGCUACUGCUUGCUGCCUUGAUUGGUGUUUUGUGGAAGCUUGGCUUCUUCAAGAGAAAAUACCAAAAACUUCAGAAAACAGAAGAUGAACUCGCAGAAACGACACAAUUAAACUAAUAUAUGAACAAAUAGGACUGGAUUGCCCAUGUUGCUGCCAUGCUCUAGCACUGAAAUCAAUGACCGAGGUGUCUUCACUUGACAAUAUAUUUUGUAAGGAUGAAUGACAAAAUGUUAUCUUUGGAAGAAAUGUAUUCUUAUAUAAAACUGCAGGGCAGUUUUUGGCAUACUUUUUUAUAUAGCAGUUAAAUUGACUAGCUGGUCUGGGGUACUUUGCUAUACAGGUGUUAGGUGCUAAUCCUUAAAGACUUGCAAUGUUUGCAUAUAGUAGUGAUGUACAUUUUUUUUAUACUUUUUAUUGUGAAUAAAACAUAAGUCAGUGAUGUUCCUUGGUUUGUGACCAAAACUGCACUAGUAUUUCCACCGCCUUCUAAUUAAUACUAUG